AUGGUAUUGAAUACUCAGUUGUCAGCUCUUUUGGUAGACUGGACAACUGCGCUUGUGAAUAAUGACAUUGCUCAGGUACAAAAGUAUCUCACCAUGGAACCCGAAUUACUAUGGACUCCUAUACCCCAGGCACUGGAUAACUUUGAUCAUUUGGAACAAAGGCUGGUCGAAUCAAACAAGCUGGGAUCUACAUUUCAGCCUGUAAGUGCCAUCCAUUUCACAUGUCUCUAUAUGAAUCAAGAAGACAGAUUCAGAUUAUUAGCUUAUUUAAUUGAGCAAUCCUCAUUACAUGAUCUUGAUACUCGUUUUUGGGGUGAGUGCAACAAUUCGACCCUACAUUUAGCUUGUUUCUUGGAAAACACUCAAGUUGCUCGGCUUUUGAUGGAUAAAGGAGUAUCUGCCACUCCUUCCAAUGAUCUCGGUUAUGUGCCAAGCGAUAUCACCUCGUCAGAUACCAUUUUACAAUACCUCAGACAACAAAAGCAGCAGCAAUUGUCUCGUAAUCGCUCCGUUCGACCCAAUUACAGCACCCCUGACAGAUUCAAAUUAUUAAGAGAACUGGCAGAGGAGACAACAAAUACAGCAGGAGAGGAUCAGAAAAAACUAGAAAUCAGUCUUGACCGCCAAAAGUCUGAUGGCAGGUACUUUCGCAAGGGCAGAGUCAAGGAGACACAGCAAAAAGUAUUGACAGAGGAGGAAGCUGAACUGGAGAAGCAGCGAUUAAAGAGGCAGAUGGAGGUUGCUCAACUUGUUAAGAAAUCAGCUGUCAAGAACAACCCCUUGUUUAUAAAGUUGGAAAAGAAAGCAUAUACAUUGCCCAGUCCACCCAGCAAGUCGGCAGCCUCAGCGGUAGACAGCACUACAACCGCUGGUGCUAUGGAGAAUAAACAAGAUCAUCCACCAGAGCACCUUGCGGAGACCAUUUCCGAGUCCAAGAGGAAUUCCAGAGUCAUCUCAUCACUCAAGGUCAAUUCCUAUGUUUCGUCUAGUAUAUUUGUCCAGGCAGAUGAAGAUACGACCGAACCAAAAUCUCCUCCUGCAAUUGUCACCAUGAUUGAUUCCUACCAAACGAGCGACGAGCAAGACGACAACAAAGCUUGUACCACUUCAACGUUGAGUGUUAAUGAAACACAAACGCAAAUAUUCAGCACGGAGCCUGAUGAAUUAUUGGAUGAUGGGCAAUCUUCUCUGCCUGUUGAACAGCCUAAAAUGGCAAGUGUUCUGAACCAAGAAACAUCAGUAACCACAGCAACACGCAGCACAGACACAGAGGAAGAGGGAGAAUCAACGGAUGAUGAUGGCGACGAUGAAUCAGACGGGGAAGACUACUUUGACUCUAAUACCAACAACAAUGGCAAUAUUGUCAAUUCUUCCUCCUCACUAUCAAAAAUCAACUACUCACCAGCAGCUGCAGACAAGAAGAUUGUAUACCCUGACAUUCGCACCUACUACGAACAUACUAAAACCGUCAAAAAUGCGCCUCAACAAAACCAGCCAUGUGAAAGAGACGAAGAGACAGAGGAUUCUGACCAAGAUGAUGAGGAUGAUGAUGACGAGGUGGAAGAGGAGGAGGAAGAGAUUGUGCCUGUUCAAUUUGCUACUCGGCUAGCAUCACCCAUCUACAAAUCAGUCAAGAUUCUCAAUGAAGACAGACGUAUUUCACCUACCUUGGACAAGGCCCAUGAGACACUCUCCUUUCUGCCGCCUGAAAAACAAGUGGAGGAUGUGAUGGAGCAAAUACAAACUUCCGCCGCCAGCAAUAAAGGAGCAACAUCUGUGGAACCAUCACUACCAGUGCGACCCCAACGCUCUGAUUUACGAAGAAGCAGCAGCACGACCAGUAACAUGGGUGGCAAUGCGAUUGCUGCUCUCAAGCAACUGGAGAAACAAGAUUCCAAAGAGAUGAAGAGAAUGAGUGGAAGUCAAAAAGCCGCUUGGACCAUGAGCAUGAGUUCCUGGGCUGCUAUUCUGGACCGCGAAUUCAAUUUGGAAGAGUUGGAUCAAGAAAAAAAGUUGAAGGAAAUGCAGCGAUUACACCAAGCAUCCAACAAAACACAAGAACAAGUGCCACCCACACCAGACUAUCUUGGAAGCGAUAAAGUGGAAUUAUCAGAUCAAGAUGUGGAUGCCAUGCUGCGUCAGGGUUCGAUGCCCAACAGCCGUACCAGCCUGGACAAGACGUUAGCAACAGACAGCACGCUCUCCCUAUCAUUGAACUUUACAGACUUUGAAACGCCUGUUAUACCUAAAGUGGCUGUUCAAAAAUCCAUUUCCACCAACACAUCAGCACCACAAAUUGGCGAAAUACCCAGGCUGAAUGCAUCAAGAUCAGUGCGUCGAAAGCCACUUGCGUCUUCCUUGUCUGAAUCCAAUAUCCAGCAACCACAACAGCAAAGAGUCAAGCAGUACAACAUCACACUCAACAAGAUGCCAUUCAAAAAGCCUGGCCACGGUAAGCUGUAUCUCCAUGUCAACGGUAUUCAAGACAUUCUACUGCCUUUGCCAAAAGACCGCGCCUAUGUCCGUUGCGUAGUCAGCGAUGGUCGCUUUGAAUACAUGUCUCGGUAUGAAAUCCUGUCGCAAAACAUCAACUUUGACUAUGAGUGUGUGAUUGAUACACACCCAGACAUGAUCAUCACCAUCUCACUGCACGUGCGCCCUGAUUAUGUCAUGAAGUCUCGUACACCCUUUUCUCGGUUAUUCUCCAAGAAGAAAAAGAAGGAGUGCUUAUCGGGCUAUGUGAAUAAGGAGGAUGGUGCCAUUGGGCAGGCUCGAUUUGCUCUAGCUCACAUGUUGCCUGUGUGCCAACACAACUCUUAUUUGGCCGGCUUUCAUUGCUUCAAUGCUUGGUACUCGAGAUCCUUCAAGGAGCGUCAUAGACAAAAGAAGAAAAAGCGUGAUCCUGAUCAAGAUGUCCUCAAGGUGGUGGGCAAUUUCGACGUGGAAAUGCUGUAUUUACCAGUGGACGAUUUCAACCAAAAGCAGCCUUUUCCUCGUAACUUGCGUGAAUGCGAUGAAAUCAUCAAGCAGUUACAUCAAUCAGUGGAAUCAACAACAAAAGCAUCAACAUCAUCAUCCCCAUCCCCAUCUGAGCGAUACCAUACUUUUUAA